AUGGACGUGGCUACUUUCGGUGCCGUCUGUUCUCCAGCGUCGGCACCAUUUAUAAAAAACCUUAAUGCGUCUCAACAUUCAGAUCGCUUCCCGAGUGCAGCCAAAGCUAUCAUCCAUCGACAUUAUGUCGAUGAUUACCUCGACAGUACUGAUACGGUGACGGAGGCGAUAGAACGUGCGAAACAAGUUCGGUAUGUUCAUAGUCAGGCAGGUUUCACUAUCCGGAACUGGAUCUCCAAUUCGGCCAUCUUCGAUCAAGCCUUGGAUGAUGUGAAAAAAGAAGAAGGGAUCCCAUUGUACGACCGUAAAGAUAAAGCGACCGAACGAGUACUGGGAAUUAUAUGGCGACCGAAGGAAGACGCUUUUACUUUCUCUCUCAGUUUUCAUAGUGAUUCACAACCGUACAUCGCGGAAGGCAAGCGGCCGACUAAAAGGAUCGCUCUCCGUUGCGUGAUGAGUUUAUUUGAUCCGCUUGGGUUGUUGGCGCCGUUCACUGUGCAUGGAAAGAUGCUGCUACAAAAGCUCUGGCGUACCGGUUGUAAUUGGGAUCAGGAAAUGGACGAUGAAUGCUUUGCGAACUGGUCGCGAUGGAUGAAGGUACUCCCGAUAGUUGAACGGUUGAGAAUUCCACGCUGUUAUCUACGGGGAGCAUCCCACGAAGCUUAUCAUACUUUACAGCUUCACGUAUUCGUUGACGCAAGCGAAGAAGCAUAUGGCGCUACAGCAUAUUUUCGAAUAGCAACUUCUGAAGGUCCACGAUGUUCACUUGUCAUGGUAAAGACUAAAGUCGCCCCAUUAAAGCAAUUGUCCAUCCCACGAAUGGAACUACAAGGAGCAGUUCUGGGGGUGCGUCUGCUAAAUAUCGUCGAGGCUAACCACGAGUUGAAGAUCCUAAAACGCGUGCUCUGGACCGAUUCAAUGAACGUCUUGUCCUGGAUCCGGUCGGAUCAGAGGAAAUACAAACCUUUUGUGGCGUUUAGAAUCGGAGAAAUUUUGCAGGAGACAAAAAUCGAUGAGUGGCGCUGGUUGCCUUCCAGAGCGAAUAUCGCGGAUAUUCUCACCAAAUGGGGAAAAGGCAUUUCCCUAGAUUCUGAUGGAACCUGGUUUAAUGGAGCGCAAUUGUUACAGACCCCAGAGGACAGAUGGCCGAUGCAGAAUCUACCACUACCUAACACAAGAGAAGAACUACGAGUAUGCCAUAUGUUUCACACGGAAGUAGUUGAAGAGCCAUUGAUAGAUGCUUCUCGUAUAUCUCGCUGGCUCGUGCUGCUGCGUACGGUGUGCUGCGUUUAUCGAUUCAUUUCCAACUGUCGGCGCAAAUCGCGUGGAUUGACCAUCGAGGUGCUUCCCGAUAUAUCGGAGAUAAUGCUACGGCUGGUGUUACGUCCACAGCUUUCUGUUACGGUUCCAUUGAAACAACAUGAGUAUCAUCUGGCAGAAAUUGUACUUUGGAAAAUCGCGCAGCUCAAAGGUUUCGCUUGCGAGGUUAAAACACUUUCAAAAAAUCGCCAACUACCCAAAGAGGAAUGGGCACUUAUUGAAAAGGGCAGUAUCAUUUAUCGUUGCGCCCCUUUUUUGGACGAAUUCGGAGUAUUACGGGUGGAAGGUCGAACGAAAAACGCAGAAGUCAUACCAUAUGAUACACGGUAUCCUAUCGUUUUGCCGAAGGAUCAUGAAAUAACAAACCGUUUACUGGAAUAUUACCACCGUCGAUACGGUCACGCCAACCGAGAGACGGUAUUCAAUGAAGUUCGACAAAGAUUUUUCAUUCCGAAACUUCGAUCGCGUAUAACUAAUGUUAUGAAAAGCUGUCAGUUUUGCAAGAUUACUAAAUGUCGGCCUCUGCCCCCGAGGAUGGCGCCGCUUCCAGAUUAUUUUGGUCCUGUGGAAGUCACCGUCGAAAGGCGCGUCGAGAAGAGGUGGAUAGUGCUUUUUACAUGCCUCGCAGUCCGUGCUGUCCAUUUGGAGGUAUCGCCAUGUAUUAUGGCCAUUCGAAGGUUCGUUGUACGCAGGGGUCCUCCAAUUGCAAUAUUUUCGGAUAACGGCACUAAUCUGAAAGCUGCAAACAAAGAGCUUCAGAAGCAAAUUCGUCAGAUUGAUACAGCUUGUGCCAACGUGUUUACCAAUGCAAGGACACGGUGGAGCUUCAAUCCGCCAUCUGCUCCCCAUAUGGGUGGCAUAUGGGAACGCAUGGUGCGGACCGUCAAAUCGACCAUGUCAACAUUGAGUAAAGGCUACAGGAUGAGCGACGAGAUAUUAUUAACAGUGAUCGCUGAAGCCGAAGAGAUAGUGAACUGUCGGCCUCUGGUUUACAUACCACAAGAUUCAUCGGAUUCUGAAGCCAUCACGCCAAAUCAUUUCCUUCGGAAAGGCGUGUCUGAACUGACAAUGCCUCACAUUGGACCGACUAGUCAUGCUGAGGCUUUACGGAGCACAUACAAACAAUCACAGUACGUUGCAGAUGAGAUGUGGAAACGAUGGCUGCGAGAAUACGUUCCUUCGCUGAAUCGGACCAGUAAAUGGUUGGAGGAGAGCAGACCAUUGAAAGUAGGCGAUCUUGUGUUCAUCACUGAUGACCUCAAUCGUAACGGAUGGGUGCGUGGACAAGUCGACCAGAUCAUCACAGGCAAGGACGGUCGUGUACGACAGGCGAUGGUACGUACAGCUGGUGGAAUAUACCGCCGACCAGUGACCAAGCUGGCACUGAUUGAAAUUAUGUGUACUGGUAAAUCUCCACCGGAAGCAGGUUCCGGGAAGAUCUACGGGCCGGGGAAGUGUUAA